AAGGGCAUCAACGUGGGGAGUGUGACGCCCCCUUCUUAUGCUUGUCGCGCUGGAGUUGCCACGGCCAACCCCUUCCCCUCCGCCGCUGCCGUGGCUCCUCCUCCGCCGCUGCCAUCCCCUUCUUAUUCUCCCUCCUCCUCCUCUCUCUAACCCCUUUAUUACUCACUUCACACGCUUGGCACUUCUCUCUCACUCCCACUUGCCAGAUGGGGAGAGCUCCUUGCUGUGAGAAAGUUGGUCUGAAGAAGGGGAGGUGGACGGCUGAGGAAGACGAGAUGUUGACGAAGUAUAUUCAGCAGAAUGGAGAAGGAUCUUGGAGAACGUUGCCCAAGAAUGCAGGAUUGUUGAGGUGUGGGAAGAGUUGCAGACUGAGAUGGAUCAAUUACUUGAGAUCUGAUCUGAAGAGAGGGAACAUCUCUCCAGAGGAAGAAGAGAUCAUCAUCAAGCUUCAUGGCUCCUUGGGCAACAGGUGGUCUUUGAUAGCCGGGUAUCUGCCCGGGAGGACGGACAAUGAGAUAAAAAACUACUGGAAUUCUCACUUAAGCAGAAAGAUCAACAGCUACAGGAGGGGGAAAGAUGGGUUCCCUCUCAUUAUAGGCACCACUCCAAGGAGGAGGCUCAACAAGAAUGGCAGGUCUUCUAUAAAGAGGCCCACUGAUGAGGACCAAGAGAGAAAUGAGGAAGGUGCAGGCACUGUAUUAAAGACCAUGUCCAUCAAUGAAAGGGUGGGAGUUAAUGGGGAGAGAACCUUCAAGAACAGGCCUGAAAGCGAAGGGAGGGCCACGGUCAUCAAUGGCGCCGCUGAGGAGAGAGAAAGUGGGUGUCUUGGAAAGGAAGGGAUGAGAGGGACUGAGGUUCCAGCACUGGGUGUGCAGCAGCAAGAGAGAGAAAGCAGUGGGCAGUUCACAGAUGAAGUGGGGGCUGCAGGAAUUGAUGACAUUUUGGAGCUGGAUCUGGAGGGAGAAAGUGGGGUUCUGGGUGUGCAACAGGAGAGGGAGAAUGGGUUCUUCAUCAAUGAUGGGGAGUCAUGUGAGCUGCUGGGUUUGAGCCAGGAGGAGGGGAGUUGGGUGCUUGAUGUGAACCAAGAGAGAGAAAGUGGGGAACUGGAAGCUGUGCUUGAUCACAGUGAGAUGAGCGUUGACCAGUCUGGUGUUGCUCAGGAAGGGGAGAUCAGUGGGGCAAGUAGUGAGAGAAAGGAUCAUGACCAACUCAGCCCUCCCCUAGAGUGGCUUGCAGAGGAGGUAGAGAAGCCGUUCAGAGUGGAGGAUUACCUGGAUUUCGACUGGGGGAGCUUGGAGGAGAAACUGAGGGAGGGAUGUGCGGAGGAGAUGCUUUCAUGGCUGUGGGAGAAUGAGGGAGAAGGAGAGUGCGUGCAGAAGGUGAUGGAUUCUUGCUGCUGUGAACAGCAGCAAGAAUCCAUGGCAGCUUGGCUUUUUGCACCAGAGGAGGAGGAGGAUCACAUGGGGAAGAUGUUGUGAUCAAUGUCUGUGUUUGGUUGUUUUGUCUUUUGUUGGGUUCCUGUUGUUGCAUGGCUUUAUGGCUUUGGUGAUUGCUAAGUCUCUUUGGUUGUUGCCAAUGUACACAUUUCUCUCUCUCUCCUUAUGAUCAAAUCAUCAACUUGUCAAGUAACAGGGGAUUCAUUCACCUUC